GCGUGCUUCGAGGCAUCAAAGGCUUCAUGCUUCUUGAGACGUCAGAGUGGUUGUGAAGGUCGCGCGUCCAGAGGCUCAUCGCGAGGAGGACGAUGUCCGCGACCGCGAGCUUGAAGGAAUCAGACGGAGGAGGUCAGCAGGACAUGGAGCCGCGCAAAACUCCAGUGUCAAGCCAUCCAUUCAGCGUGGAGUCUCUUAUAUCGAGCCACAAACCCAGGAAGGACUUUGAAAGAAGACGCGAGGAUGUUUCCAGUCAGUUUGCGAAGACCGAGAUCAGGGAUUCUUGUGGUUCGGCUGGAAUACCAAAGCACUUUAUACAGACCUCACCCGUCAAAUCCGAGUCCCCUGAGCCGGAUGACUGCACUUCAUGGGUUAUGAACUCCAGGUUCUCUCAAACUCGCCAGGAAAGUGCCUGUCCUCUGCGCAAGCACAAGACCAACCGCAAACCCCGUACACCGUUCACCACCUCACAGCUCUUGGCCCUGGAGCGUAAGUUUCGGCAGAAACAGUACUUGUCCAUCGCAGAACGAGCCGAAUUCUCCAGCUCCCUCACCCUCACAGAGACCCAGGUGAAGAUCUGGUUCCAGAACCGACGGGCCAAGGCCAAGCGCCUGCAAGAGGCCGAGCUGGAGAAGCUCAAACUGACCGCCAAACCUGCCCUGCACCCCAACUUCAGUCUGCCUCUUCCUCUCGGGACGCAGCUUCACUCGGCGGUCUCGCUCUAUGGCCAAUCGUACCCCUUCCACAGGCCUUUAUUGCCCGUUGCUCCAAUGGGACUGUAUGGAAGUCCUUUAGGGUACAGCAUGUAUCACCUCGCAUGAGGAAGUGCUGCGAAAUGGACUAGUUCUCCUCUGUGGAUGUACAAAAAGACAAUGUUUACAAUCACUGGGUGCCCGAAAAAAAGCAUCAACCAAAAAAUGAAAUAUGUCGUAAUGUGCCUUCACUCGCGCCUUAAAAGACCUGAAGUGAAAAUCGGGACGUUUUACCUCACUUUUCACUGACUGAAAGAUCAAAUUUGACCCUGUGGAGUGUGGAUGGAUAAUUCGGUUGCCAAACCUUUUGUGUAUAUUUGUGUUAUACAUCUUUAUGUAAUAUAUUGUCAAGCUAAUUAUUUAGUGUACAAAAUAUUGUUUAAAUUCUACUACAUUUGAUGGGGGGUUUUAAUCCUGUAAAAAUGUUCAUCACGCGUCGUUUUUACUUAUCGAGAGAUUGUUGUCAUACUUGUAGCUAGAAUUGAUGGACAGUGAUUUCACCAAAAGCGAAUUAAACGGCUCGGUGAAUACAAUUGGUAUGACAUCGUUCAAUUUUACAUCGAAAGAUUAUAGACCUUUUUUUUUCUACGCUUUGUUUUCACAUGCAAGAGAGAAAAAAGUCAGAAUAUGAUAUGCCGUUUGAAACUUAAUUGUGGAAAUUUAUUUUUUGUGCUGCAUUUUAUAUACAUUUAUACUGUAAUUGUAAGUGACUGAAAUCUGAUUGUACAGUAAACGGCAAUUGGCGAGCAAACACAAUUCAGUUAGUAUUCACUGUACUAAACGUAUAUGAGAGAGUGUUAUUUGUUCUAUUCUGUUAAUUUUUCCACUUUAUUCAUCACCUCCACCUUUUUAAAGUUAUUUUUUACAGUUUUUUCCCCCCAUGAAUGAGCCUUUCUAAGCGAAUACAUUUUACCGUACUGAUUUAUAUAUGAAUACGAGUUAUAUUUAAAAAAAAAAAUCAGUGAAGUAAAGCAAUAUCCUUUUCAUGAACCAAACAUAAUGUGAUGCUGAACCGAUCACAAAUAUGAAAAUACAGUAGAAUGUAUUGCAUUUCUAACUAAAUGAUCAGUGAUUAAAUAGCGACAUCUAUUCGACAUGAUAAAGUAAUAAUGUUUGAUUAUGCUGUUAUUAUAAAGUGUAUUGGAUUA